AUGCGGCCCCCCAGCCCGCCGCCCCGGCCCCUGGCCGCCCUGCUGCGCUCCUCCCGCCCCUGCUCCCCGGCCCCGGCCGCCCCGGCCGCCCCGGCCCGCUGGGCCCCCUGGCGCCGGUACCGCGUCUCGGAGAGCACGAGGGGGCUGCUGGUGGCCCUGCUGGGGGGCGGGGUGCCGGCCGGCUUCGUGGCCCCCUUCACCCGCAUGGCCCACGAGGCCUCCGCCAUCCCCUCGCUGGAGAUCCUGCUGCUUCGCUGCCUCUUCCACCUGGCCUUCGCUUGCCGGCUCCGCUGCGGCCGGGCCCCGCUGCUGGGGCCCGGCCCGGGCCGCCGCCGCCUGCUCCUGCACGCCGCCGCCAACGUCCUCUCCGUGGCCUGCGCCUACAGCUCCUUCGUGGCCGUGCCCAGCGCCAACGCCGCCACCGUCCGCAAGGGCUCCUCCACCCUGGGCUCGGCCCUGCUGGCCCUGUGCGUGGAGAGCCGGCCCCUGAGCGGCUACGACUGGUUCGGCCUCCUGGGCAGCACCCUGGGGCUGCUCAUUAUGGUGGUGCCGGAUCUGCUCAGCCUGGACCCCAGCACCCGGCUGGCCGACGCCUUCGGCUACGCCUUGGCCUGCCUGGGCGGCGUGGCCUUGGCCUUGGGCUUGGCCAUCUUCCGGGCCUUGGAUUUCCCGGCCAAGCUGCCCACGGCCGCCUUCGCCUUCGGGGCACUGGGGGGCCUGGUGUGCGCCCCGGCCAUGUUCCUGCUGCAGGAGCCGGUGCUGCCGGCCGAGCCCCUCACCUGGAGCUGCGCCGUGGCCAUCGGGGUGCUGGCCGUGGUCUCCUUCCUGUGCGCCAGCCACGCCGUCACCCUGGCGCACCCGGCCCUGGUGUGCGCGGUGCUGCACUCCGAGGUGGUGGUGACGCUGGCCGUGCAGCACUACGUCCUGCGGGAGACCGCGACGCCCUUCGACGUCAUGGGGGCGGGCGUCGUCCUGGGCAGCAUCUCCAUCAUCGCGGCCCAGAACGUCAGCUGCCACCCGCGGGAGGAGGAGGAGGAGGAAGGGUGAC